CGCGACCAGGGAAAUGUUUUUUUGGGGACGUCAACACUUUUUACGUUUUUUUUUACUGUGUCCGAGAGCCGUUUGAUGGAGCAGAGCUGGGGAAGUAAAAAUUAACCUCCGUUAUCAUCACAGAUCGACCGAGAAGAGGAGUUUGAGAGGAAAGAAUCAGGUCCAUGUUCGACGACGAUGGCAGCAGGUAGAGAAAGUCCAAACAGAAGUGAAGAUAAAACAUCAUCUCACAGACAGAACGAGGUUAACAGGAAGUUGAAGUACAUCAGUUUGGCGAUUCUGGUGAUUCAGAAUGCAUCGCUCAUCCUCAGCAUCCGUUACGUGCGGACGUUGCCGGGAGAUCAUUUCUUUACCACGUCAGCUGUGGUCAUGGCAGAAGUUCUCAAAGUUCUCACCUGUCUGGUUAUAAUUCUCAUACAGCAGAGAGGUAAUGUAAAGAACUUUGCAAUGUUACUGUACAACUCUAUAUUCGUGCAGUAUUUGGACACACUGAAGUUAGCAGUUCCAUCCCUCAUCUACACUUUACAGAACAACUUGCAAUAUGUGGCCAUUUCCAAUUUACCAGCAGCCACAUUCCAGGUAACAUAUCAGCUGAAGAUCUUGACCACAGCAUUGUUUUCUGUGCUCAUGCUGCGGAAGAGCCUGUCUAAGAUCCAGUGGAUCUCUCUGGUGCUGCUCUUCGCCGGCGUGGCCAUCGUCCAGGUGGAGCAGGAGAGUGGAAAACAGAAGGAGACUUUGACCAGCCCCAACCAGAACUACUUCAAAGGCCUGGUAUCAGUGGUCAUCUCCUGCUUAUCGUCAGGGUUUGCCGGCGUUUACUUCGAGAAGAUCCUGAAGGGCAGCUCGGCCUCGGUGUGGAUAAGGAAUGUGCAGCUCGGGAUCUUCGGAAUUCUUUUGGGUCUUCUGGGCCUGUGGUGGAGCGACGGAGCUGCCAUCGCUGAGAAAGGUUUCCUGUUCGGCUACACGUCUCUGGUGUGGGGCGUUAUUUUUAACCAGGCCUUCGGCGGCCUCCUGGUGGCCGUAGUUGUAAAAUACGCGGACAAUAUUCUCAAAGGCUUUGCCACCUCUUUUUCCAUCAUCGUGUCCACCAUCACGUCCGUCUACCUCUUCGGUUUCCACGUGGACUUGAUGUUUACGCUGGGUGCGGGAUUGGUCAUUGGAGCCGUCUACAUGUACAGUCUCCCCAAACCGAACACCGGCGUUUCCAGCAUUAGCACGACUUCAUCAGAACACAGCAAAGGAGGCGACUCGGAACUGGAAGCUUUUCUCCCAAAUCCCAAAUUUUCAGGACAGAAGAAAGGAAACUGAUAUAUGAAACGUCUACACGAGAGGAGAUAAGAAGAACACUCUGUGACUGAAGACCAAGGCUGCUGCCCCAUUUUCUAAACAAAAGAUCCGUGAGGGAUACGUUUCAAAAGCAUUUGUUAUGAUGACUGAAUUAAACUCUGUAAUCUGAAUCUCUAAAUUAUGAAUCCUUACUGACUUUAUGGAAUCUCAUUAGCAUACCUCACUAAUGUUAUACAUUGUUAUACCAGUGGUUACACUGUGACUGACUGAAGUUAUAAUACUAAUGUGAUCAGCAAGGCAGCUUUAUGUUUUAUUUGCAGGAACUGAAAAAGAAAGAAAUUGUAGGCUAUUAUUAUGCAUGUGAUUUAGUAGCCUUAUCAAAUCUUGAUUUCCAAAGGUGCUGCCUUAUUAUGAAAUUGAUUUUCAUUAGUUUACAGUUUAACAAAGUGUUUUGUAAUGUGUUCAUUGGCAUUUUUGAUAUGCCUUGGGUUCUUAUUUAUUUCAAAUGCAAUUCAGGUGCAAAUAUAUGUUAUAUACACUCUUUUGUGAACUAAAGUACUUUGAAAAACUACGUUCUUGUGUGCAAGAUCAGAAGGAUUCUGAUUGUUUAGCUUUUUGUUUUAUAAGCGCCCUCUGCUGGACAGUCUUAAAUGUCUGUCAAAAAUAAACCUUCGUGCAUGUGUCAUCCUGUUAAAAAUAUCAUUUCAAUAUUUUUUUUAUUUCUACUUUGGUUUGCAUUCUUAUGAAUCAUAACACUAAUAAGUAAUAAUGUUUUGAAAUGUACAGUAACUAUUUUAGUAAUAAUAAUAAACAUGUUUAUUUUUGUUUUAUAGACUAUGUCUAAACGUUUAUUC